UACUUCUUGCGGAGACGCUUCAGUAAAUAAAUAACUGCCGUCGGUCUUCCCUCUGCAGUGCUGUGCAGUGCUCUGCAGCGCGGCCGACGGCCGCCGUUCGAAAGUCAAGGCGACCUGCACUGCACGGCCGCGCGUCGAAUGGGUUGCCUACUGCCGCGGCGGCCAGCAGCCAGCAGACAUCACCGUGCUGCCAUCUGCUGACGGGGACCGGCACUACCCACCGACGUGCCGUCUGCUACGAGAAUGGGAUCAGUUUACGAGAAGUCGUUGCCUCUGUGAAUGUGUAUUUCUCCUUGACAAACUGUGCAUUGCGGCUGAUUAAUUUGCGUCUGGUUUAAACUUUGGCUGAUGAGAAACUCCUGUGGAUUUGACGUUCUGGAGACAUGAGGGCCGUCCUUAAAGUCAUUGGACUGACAGAAAACAUAACCUCGACCCAGGCCAUCAGCUGUAAACAUAGACAAAUCCAUUCUUCGCAUUCUAGGUGUAAAGCUUCAAUUAUAGAUGGAGUCAAACGAGCCAAUUCUAUUCAAGAUGAACUCAAGAAAGAAGUGUCGUUGCUCGAAGGGAAUCGACCUCAGCUCACUACUGUCUUAGUGGGUGACGACUAUGUUAGCCAUGUUUAUAUCAAAAGAAAAAUGAUGGCUGCUAAAGCUGUUGGUAUUUCUACAAACACAAUCUAUUUGGAAAACUCAUGUUCAGAAAGAGAUCUUGUGAGUUUAUUGGAUUCUCUAAAUCAGGAUGUAAACGUCAACGCAAUUUUGGUUCAGUUGCCGCUCCCAAACCACAUCUGUGAGCGAACUAUAUGCAAUACAAUUGCUCCUCUCAAAGAUGUGGAUGGAUUCAAUUUCUUCAAUAUGGGUCGGUUUGCCCUUGGUAUGAAUGCUCUGUGGCCGUGUACUGCAAUGGCCGUGCAUGAUCUCAUCACUAGCACAGGAAUUGAAACGAAAGGCAAACAUGCUGUCAUAUGUGGCAGGUCAAAAAAUGUAGGUUUCCCUAUAGCUAUGACACUUCAUUCCAGUGGAUUUGGUGGGUCUCCUGGUAUGGAUGCAACUACAACAAUUUGCCAUCGACAUACACCAUUGAGUCUUUUGUCAUCACUAACUAAAUCAGCAGACAUUUUAAUCUCAGCCACUGGUGUUCCCGGCCUGAUCAGUUCCAGCAUGGUGAAGCCUGGAGCUUGUGUUAUUGAUGUUGGAAUAACUAGGAUACAUAAUGAAGAACUGAAAGAAACUCGUCUGAUUGGAGAUGUUGACUUUGAUGGUGUUAGCAAAAUUGCAGGAUUUCUGACUCCAGUACCAGGUGGAGUAGGGCCCAUGACAGUAGCCAUGCUUUUAAAAAACACAGUGCUAGCAUACAAACUGCAGAUGAGAGGGAAAGGAUAAGAAACUAAGACACCUUGUUUAAAAAAUAGCAGCAUUUAUUUAUACAACAACAUUUGAAUUAAUAAAAUAAAACUAUGUGACUUAUUAAAAGAAA